UUCCUAACACAGACGACCCACGUCGUUCGAACACAGAAUAUUCCAAUUCAUUCAGCUCUUACUUACAGACCUGCCGAGCUAAGGGAGAGUUGUUUUUCGUGUCGCUUGCAGCGUGUUCGACUAAGUGGACCGCCGACGAGCGGACCGAGUGGGUUAUGGCGGCCGCCCCUUAGGGCGGCUCCCGAAGUAUGAUCAGCUUGCCGGGGCUGCACCGGAAAGCGAGGAUUGGGACGCGGAUAAGGACUUGGAUUGUCAUCUUAGCUGCCCUGUUCCUCGCAACACAAGCCGCACCGUUGAGUAACAGUCGCGACUUGGUGAAGCAUUGGGACGCCGUACAGUCCUACCUGAAUCAGUACGGAUAUUUGAGACCAUCUCCGGAUGGCGCAGACAACCUGCGGACGGAAGACAAGCUCAGGGAGGCCAUUCGACGCAUGCAGAGGUAUGGUGGGGUCAGCCCCACGGGCAUCGUGGACGGACCCACCCUCGCACUGCUCAAAAAGAAGAGAUGCGGGAUGCAGGACCUUACUCCCGGAGAGAGGGUCCGGAGGUACGCAGUUCAAGGUCAACAAUGGCCAAAGAAGGAUCUUACCUGGAGCAUCAAGUUAUGGCCGUCGAGUCUGUCCUCCGACCUGGUGCGUGCCGAGGUGACGAAGGCCUUCAAGGUGUGGAGUGAUGUCUCGCAGCUCACUUUCCGAGAGGUGCAGAGGCUGGAUGCGGACAUCGUGGUGUCCUUCGAAAGAGGAAAGCACGGGGACGGAUACGCCUUCGACGGGAGAGGGGUGGUGCUCGCCCAUGCCUUCUUCCCUGGGGACGGGAUCGGCGGAGAUGCUCACUUCGACGCUGAGGAGCCAUGGGUGGACAGAGAGAUGACGGGCAUCGAUGGCGUGCGAUUGUUCGCGGUGGCAGCACACGAAUUCGGUCAUUCCCUGGGCCUGUCGCAUUCCUCUGUAUCCGGGGCUCUUAUGAACCCCUUCUACCAGCAAAUCAACGAUAAUUUCCAACUGCCAUAUGAUGACACUAUUGGAAUACAAAAACUUUACGGUCCUCGCAAUCCUAAUCGAUGGGCCCCGCUUUCUCCUUACAUUCCUCCUGCCACUAGAGCACCACCAGUUACUACCCGCCGACCUUAUCGCCCUGACAGUGGGGCUCCCACCUUUAGGCCUGUCCCACGUCGACCAACACCCCACCAUCCUAAGAAACCGCACACCUGCAACACGUCUUUUGAUGCUGUAACUGUGAUCAGGAGAGAACUCUUCAUCUUCAAAGGAAAGUAUUUCUGGAGACUGAAUAACAACGGCUUGAUGAAGGAUUAUCCCGUCGAAAUCAAGCGUUUCUGGUACGACAGUGACUUAGAAACAGUGGAUGCUGUCUAUGAGAGACCCAUUGAUACCAAAAUCGUCUUUUUCUCAGGCGCCCAGUAUUGGCUCUUCAAUGGGAACACCAAAGAACCCGGCUACCCGAGGCCCUUGACCGACCUGGGCCUGCCGCCGGACCUGAAGCGCAUCGACGCAGCCAUGGUGUGGGGCUUCAACGGGAAAACGUACCUCUUCGCCGGAUCACAGUACUGGAGAUACGACGAAUCCGAAGGCAGAGUUGAAUUGGACUAUCCCAGGGACAUGGGAGUGUGGCGAGGCGUUCCCACCAACAUAGAUGCCGCAUUUCAGUAUACAGACGGUCGCACAUAUUUCUUCAAAGGUCGUAAAUUCUGGGAAUUCAGCGACAACUUAAUGAAAGUGGUUCCGAAAUUCCGCAAUGCCAACCAGUAUUGGUUCGGGUGUCCCAGCCGGAACGAAGAGGCCCCCAACGAAGAGGAGGACGGCGAGGAAGGAGAGACUGAUGCGCUGGCUGCCAGCAAGUCCGGACUUAUAUGUGCUGCUUCUAACUGUGUUACUUUGAUAUCAAUCGCCGUCACGAUCCUCUUGUACAGGACGAGAUGUGCACUGUACUGAUGAGCAUAAACUCUUAUUAUUUAUACGGACGGCAUGUGAUAUUGAAAGAGGUGAUAAUAUCACGAAGUAUUCUUUUAUUUAUUUUGAAACUGUUCUUCAAUAUGUGUGAGUUAUGAUCAACAAAACAGCAACAAAAGAGCAUUAUGUAUAUUGAGAAUCUCAAACAAUUAUUAUUUUGUGAUGAUUUUUAUUUCGUCGUGUAUAUUAUAUAUGUUUCUUAUUUGAUCUCACAAAAGGAAAAAUAAAUUAAUUAAUUAAAAAGA